AUGCGUCUUCCAUCCACACGACUCAGCUACCUGUGUCUGCAGUUAUUGGCUUUCUGCUUCCAGGCUCAGGUAACCUAUCAGUCACCGCCUAAUUUUACACAGCACGUAAGGGAGCAGACCAGGCAGACGGACCGACUCAGCAGGAGGCUAAUCCGCACCUACCAACUCUACAGUCGCACCAGCGGGAAACAUGUGCAGGUCCUGGGCAAGAAAAUCAACGCCAAAGCGGAGGAUGGGGACAAGUACGCCAAACUAAUUGUGGAGACAGAUACUUUUGGCAGCAGAGUCCGCAUCAAGGGAGCUGAGUCUGGGUUUUACAUCUGUAUGAACAAGCGAGGAAAACUGAUCGGAAAGCGAAGCGGGAAGAGCAAGGAUUGUGUCUUCACCGAGAUUGUGCUGGAGAAUAACUACACGGCUCUGCAGAAUGCCAAGUACGAGGGAUGGUUCAUGGCUUUCACCCGGAAAGGGAGACCCAGGAAAGGGUCGAAGACCAGGCAACACCAGAGGGAGGUACAUUUCAUGAAGAGAUUGCCCAAGGGCCAUCUGUCCUCUUUGGACACCCAUAGACAUUUCGAGUUCAUCAACUACCCUUUCUCCAGCAGGACUAAACGCACCAGACACUCCAGACCUCGGUAG